CGCCCCAUCUCAGUACGACACACGCACCCCUUUGCCGACAGGACCGCUCGUGUAAAAAAGAGCUGGGACCCGGGAUGUUUUGUGGCAGUUCUUGUUAACAUCAGUUCCUCGGAUACCGAACAGAGAUGGCCUUCGCUGCGGCGCGGAUGAUCCUCAAGGAUAAGAAGAGGAAAACGUCCAAAGAAGAUUUCGCCCCAAGGAGCAAAAGCAAGGCGAGAAGUGCGAGUACAAGUAGCUUUAGGAGCCUCAGUCAGGCGAGGAACAAGCCGGCCGAUGGGAGCGGUCACGUGAACCAGAAGGGCGCCCCGAAAGGCGGCGUAGGGACCCCUGUGAAGAAGCCACCCUCGGCCCAGAAAGGGGCUGUCAAGACCCCGGCCCCCAAAGCUCAACCCGCGACUCCGAAGCCACUUCCGCCCCCGCCACCCCCGGUCAAGAAGGACAACAAGAAGAAGAGACACCAACCUCAUGACCUCGUUGUCACUAUCAAUUUGUCCGAGUACGGGCUAACGGAGGACCAAGUGGCUGAGUUUAAAGAGGCGUUCAUGCUUUUCGACAAGGACGAAGACGGGGCCAUCACCAUGGCCGAAUUAGGAGUGGUCAUGCGAUCUCUUGGACAGAGGCCGACAGAGACUGAGCUAAGAGACAUGGUUAACGGUGUUGACCAGGACGGCAACGGUUCCAUCGAGUUUAACGAAUUCCUUCAGAUGAUGUCGAGAAAAAUGAAAGGCGCCGAGGGCGAAGACGAAUUAAAGGAAGCCUUCAGAGUAUUCGAUAAAAAUAACGACGGUCUGAUUUCAAACUCUGAACUGCGCCACGUGAUGACAAACCUUGGUGAAAAGCUGUCCGACGAAGAGGUCGAUGAUAUGAUCAAAGAGGCUGAUCUCGAUGGUGACGGCAUGGUCAACUAUGCAGAAUUUGUCACAAUCCUUACUUCCAAGAAGUAGAUCAAAGAUGAACAUGAAGCUGCUCUGGGCAUUAUUGUCUCACUAAUAUUUAAGAGACGGAGCAAUUCAACUUUAGUUAUACUUCAAAGACUUCUGGCAGUAUAAAGACAAAUUGAACAUAGUACACAUCCUGCUUUAAAACAAUCUAAACAUGUAUGUAAUCGGUGGUAAAACAAAACAGAACCGAUUUUUAAAAUCAAUUUCUAAAAAAAGGAGAAUUUUAUAUAAAAUUUAGAUGCACUUCAGUCAAAACUUCAAAGGGAAGAAAACUUGUCUGCUGCUGUUUGUUACUUUUAUUUUCUUGUGUGGAUUUGCGAACUUUUUUCAACACAUUUUUACUUUCUACCACAUUACACACUAAUUUGUUUUUUAUAUGUAAUUAACAAUUUCACUAUUUGAAUUUAGUCAUAAAAAAAUAACACUUUGUGCUUGGCUUAAGGUUUUGCGUAUUUGUUAUUUUGAUAUAUAAUAAUAAAAUAUAAGAUAAUUUUUAAAAGAAUGUCUGAAGAUUCACCUUUGUUGAAACAUUGAAUGUUUAAUUUUUUAGUUUCUUAAUAAAAAGAUGAUUGAUGAAUUGAACAAGUGUUGGAUUAUCGUCCUGUAGUGAGAGUGGAGGCAUUAUUAAAGAAUAUUCUAGCUAGUCCACUGCAAACAAGUGCAGUGAAUCCAAUUUCAAUACAGGAAAUUGGAGAAACAAAAAAAUUGUUUUAAACUUAUAGAGUAGUUGUUUUUGGGGUAUAAAAAUGUAACAAAAAUAUUGAGCUGCAAUUUUUUUCCCUCAUAUUGUAAAUUUAUAAUAUUUUAAGAAAUCCUUGUUUGUCAACAGAUUGUUGAAUUUUAAGAAAAAUCAGUUGGUACAAAUGAAAAAUUACAUCAUACAAAAUACACCAGGGAAUGUGAUAUUUCAUUUCAUUAAUAAAAAUAAAAAUAUUAUUUGAUGAAAUACAAUAUUACUUUUUGGUCUUUUUCGUUUCGUAUCGGAGAAGAUACUUUAUUUUCUUUUUAAUUCGUGAUAGUGUUAAAUCCCGAAUGUUGCUACAUCCCAUUGAUGUAAAUAAUAGCAGGUGGUUUUAUAUAAGUAUAUUGAAAAUAUAUUAACUUAAUAUAACUAUAUACAAACGGUAGAUGUAGAAUUUAUAAUAGAGCAACUUAAAUGUAUGAGUCGCAGAAAGGCCAUAUUCCAAAUUGCAAUUUUAAAAAAUGCACGAAUGGCCUGGAUCAGUUUUGUUCUUGUUAUUUUAUUGACUAAUAAAUUAUGAAAUGAAUGACCUGUGAUUCUGAAUUGAAUUUAAGCGUGUAAACUAUUUUUGUUCUUUUUUUUGUUAGAAACUGGUAAAUCUUGAUUAUGAAUUCGGCCAAAUAUAUAAUUCGUGAUAUAACAGACCAAUCAAUUUUAUCGUUUGUAUUUUGACGUGGUCAUUUUUCAAAAUGAAUAUAAAUUUUCCUUCCUACUAAGCAUGGAGAAUUCUUUUUAGAUCCAUUCUACUUAUUCGUUGAAUCGUAAAUAAUGGACUGAUUUGUUGAAGAUUUUGUUUUUGUAAAAGUUCAAUAAUUUUCGAGCCUGGUGUUUAAAAACACUGAUUUUUUUUCUUUUGAUAACAUUUUUAUAUUUAUCAAUAAUCAUGUAAGUUUUUUCUAGUCUAUUUUUAACGUUCAGGGUAUUAUGAAACUUUAAAUUUUAAUGUAAUAAUAUAAACUAUACAGCAAAGAUAUAUUUCAAAUUAUUUUUAUUUUAUUUUAUCAUUUACCUUUUAUUAAAAUGAAACACAAAUUAAAUUUAGAUGAAUUUGGAAUUUUAUUUGAUUAAUUAUAAAUUCGGCCUGUGAUCAUUGUGUUCAAGGAGUGCCUAUGCCAGUUUCGACGCAUUAAAAUUACAUAUUCUACUCAAGAGAAUAAAAAAAAAAGACCAAAACGUAUAUUUUUUUACAGGGAGGUCUUAAUUUAUAAAAUAUUUUUACCAAAAUUUAUUUUCAGAAUUCCAAAACUGAUCCAGGCUGACAGGUCCAUUAUUUCAAUUUAUCGAUACUAAAAUGUUGUUUGUUCCUUGGUGUUAGAAAAUAAAAAACACGUAAGCUGUUAAAUGAGAAAUGUCUAUAUUGUUGUUGGUUGUUUAGAAUAUUAUAUUUGCUAUAAAAAAUAUAUACAUACAUAUAACAAUCUGUGUAUAAAAUAAAUGGACAAUAUUUUUUUGUUAAAAUGAAUGAAAUAUAUGUUGAUCAAUUUAAUAAAAGAGUCCCAUUGAUUUUUAACGCAUAAAAUUGGUUUUUAGUGUCACAAAGAACUACUUAUUUUGUAUACGGCUUCCACCAAAAAAGAAUCAAUCCUUUGUUUUGUUUCUGACGAAAUUUAUUAUAACGAAAAGAAAUUUAAUGGCAUUUAGUUUAUACCUCUUUGAUUUAGUAUUUUUUUCAUGCAUAUUUCAUAAAUCAAAUACAUAGAAAAAAACAAUUGGAGUAUCUGUGAUGAGGCAUAUAUUUUGCCUUGUACAUUUUUGUAUUGUUUUACAAUUAAUAAGCACAGUAUGUUUUACUCAACCAUUGUUAUAUAAAGUUUAAAAAAAUAAAUAUUUAUAUAAGCAAUACAAAAAGUAGUAUUUUUGGCAUUCUAAUUUUGUAUUGUACAUUUUUAGACUAGAAUCUGUUACACUUCAAAAUAUUUUUUUAAAAAUAUAUUGUUUGUUGUAUUUUUUUAUUUUAACAUAAGAAAAAAUAUUUCAAAUUUUAUGAAGGUACUAUAAAAUACUCUUAUAGUAAUUUAAGAUAUAUGUUUGAUAAAGUAUGUUAAAGGAAAAAUAAGUGUUAAAUGUGUAAAAGAAGUGUGUGAAGAGCAAGAUAAGGUGCACAAUGUUUUUGACAUCAAGGAUAUUUAAUUAGAAAAAUGUUUGUCCGAGACAAUUGUAAAACCGACAUUUCCAGGUUAAUUUAUUGUUUUUGUAUAGAGGCAGCGCUAAUCGUCUAAAAAUGGGAACUUUCAAUACGGAUUUUAUUGUACAAGAAUAGUGAAAAAUAAAAACAGUAAAUAACUGAAAAUA